AUGGAACGACUUGUGGUGCAAAAUGAGGCCGAACGCCACGUACAAGCCUAUCUGGAGUAUCGAAUGAUUGUUGGCGAUCGGGACGGAGGUGUUCUCCUUCCAGAGGAAGAAUAUGAGAAAUUAAGGAAAGAAUUCUAUGCCAAGAGAGAACAACAUAAUUUACAUUUUGUAGACACCUCAUACAUCCGAGGUCAAAACAAAAGACACCAGCCCAACAGCGAAGAAAUGAAAUACGAGAAGAGCAAAAAGGAUUCUUCCAAAAAUAGAAUUUUAAAACCGAACGUGUCCUUAUUAGAUUUGUACAAAACGCCGCCUCAGUUUGAAUUUCAUAUCUCCAUUUCAUCCUCUUCCUUUAGACCAAAAAGUUCGUCCACAAGUUGUGAUUCGCUCAAAGUUACCAGAGUAAAUUCUGCUAAAAGAAUCGUCAGUGGAAUCCCUAAGGAGCAAAGCAAACUUUCAUCCAAACAACUUCCAUCAGUGUCACGGUUUCAGCAGAUUGAAGAUGAUGAUCAAACAAAGCUGGAUGAAAUGACUGCUCAAUUACAGAAUGAUUCUUCAUUAAGCGAGGCUAAAAAAUAUUAUCUUAAAAAACAAAUACAAUUAUUGAAGGUGAAAAUUGCAAAGGCUGCAAAGAAUGAAUAA